GUGUCAAAGGUUGCGCACAUUGUUCCUGCGCGGUACAGUCGGAUUGCGAUAAUAAUGAAUGAAAUUGUGUCCAAAUAAGACGUCUAGCGUAUCAAUUCAAUACUUUCGCUGUUGCAAAGUGAAAACCUGAGUGACCGAGACGCUGCUGUGUUUUCAUAAUAACAUCAAAACGUUUUCUUAUUUGAGGCUAACAGACUUGGAGCGAGAUGGCUGGAAUUCUAUUUGAGGAUAUUUUUGAUGUAAAAGAUAUUGAUCCAGAUGGCAAGAAGUUUGACAGAGUGUCUCGUCUGCACUGUGAAAGUGAAUCUUUCAAGAUGGACCUCAUCUUGGAUGUGAACAUUCAGAUCUAUCCCGUUGAUCUUGGUGACAAGUUUAGACUGGUUAUUGCCAGCACGUUAUAUGAAGAUGGAACGCCAGAUGAUGGAGAAUACAAUCCUCAGGAUGACAGACCGUCUAGAGCAGACCAGUUUGAUUACGUGAUGUACGGGAAAGUUUACAAGAUUGAGGGCGAUGAAACUUCAACAGAAGCUGCCACACGUCUCUCUGCUUAUGUGUCUUAUGGAGGCCUCCUCAUGAGGCUGCAGGGAGAUGCCAACAAUCUUCAUGGCUUUGAAGUGGACUCCAGGGUCUACCUCCUCAUGAAGAAGCUGGCCUUCUAAAAUGCACCCUUGAUCAACCACCCACGGUGCCACAGUCAACCUUAAAGUUAUACUGAACGGAAAACAUGCAAGUCUGGAGCAUCUACAAGGAGGCUGCAAAAAACAUUUUCUUUCUUAAAAUUUUCUUGAGUCUCGUUCCUCCAACAAAAUGGACUAAAGACUAAACACUGGCACAUAAGAACUGCUGCAGCCUCUGUCUGCUGACAAACUGUAAAUAAAGA